GAAGAGAGCUCGCGGGGAGCCGUCCGUGCCACGUCUUCUCAGCUCUUGCGACUCCCGAGGCAGCGGUCACCGGCCCCGUGGACACGCUCCGCGUCUGUACUUUCUUCCAUUGCUGCUCUGCUCAGUUCUCCCCGGAAUACCUGAGAGGAACCCUCUUCGUGUAUCCCAGUGUGGAGGCUAAAUCUGGUCCCUGUUACAUUUGGCCAGAGUUUCAAGAAGCGAGUCAUAGUUUCUUAGAAGUCAUCAUGAACUCCAUGAAACCUGAAGAGAACAAGUCAUUCACUGCUACAGAAAAUGGCCGGGGUACCAGACCUGAAGAGUCACAGGUUGCUGUCAUGAGGCAGACACGUCCUGGCACACCUGCUGCUCAUUCUCUGUCUGACAGGAAAGAGCGUAGCAGUCCCAGUAAGCUUAAAAGUGAAGUCAAGCAGGAAGCCUCUGUGGAAAUUCAGAACCGAGACUUGAGCACCAGUAAAAAAUGUUCUUUUACUUUUACCUUGAGUGAAAGCUCCAGGAAAUUAGACCGUAGUGUGUUUACAGCCCAUGGUAAACUCACUGAGAAUAUCUACUCAGCCCUGAGAGCUAAGGCCAAUUUCAGAGAAAGGAUGGAGAAUCAUUUUAAUAAGAACAUCCUCGCUUAUGAAGAGAAAACUAUAGGCAGAUAUGUAAAUUUAGGAAUGCCUCUCAAGUGCCUACCUAAAGAUUCCCAUUUUAAAAUAGCAUUUGGUCAAAGAAAGGGUAACCAGGAAGAUGAUCAGAUGUUUCGCCAAUGUGAGGAUCCAAACAUGGAAUGCAUUCUUUUUCACGUUGUUGCUGUUGGAAAGAAUAUAAAGAAGAUUGUCAAGAUCAAGGAACUUCAUGAAAGAGGAAGUACACUUUGUAUCUAUGCGUUAAAGGGUGAGACUAUCCAAGAAGCUCUAAGCAAGGAUGGCCGAUUUCCGUCCGACCUUGACAAAUUUGAAUGGAAAGUAAUGGAAGAUCAUCAGAAAAUUCAUGGAAAGCAGUCCCUGGUGGAUGAAGUAUGUGGAAAAACCUUAGAAAUGGACAUUUUUAAGAAACAUGUCAGGAGAGGUGCUCCUAAAAAAAUUAAUCAGAAUGAAAAUGCCACUGAUGAAAUCGGUCCCCAGGAUCAGAUACAGUCUGAGAUCAAAGAAUACGAACCAGAGGCAGAUGGGGAAACUGAAGUUGUAGAGUCCAACAGAGAAAAAAUCGUCCCACCUCAGAGUCUAGGGCAUGGUAUUAAAGGUAAAAAACGACGCACAAUUUCCAGAAUAAGGGAUUAUUAUAAUAGUUUUAACAGAAAAUACUGGAGGAACAACUCAAGACAUAGGCAAAGGCCCCCUGUGGGUAUGCAGCAUGUUAUUCAAGCUAUCCCGAGGAAUGCAGCUAACCUCUGGCUAAAGAAUUGCCAAAUGUUGCACAAACAUAUAAUGAAUCAAUAUCCAAAUUUUAAUAAGGAGGCACUUUGGAUGAGAAAGUAUUUUCGGGAUGAACGGAAGAGAACCAAACUGACAACCUUUCAACAAUUCAACAUAUAUAAAAAGUACUUUGGGAAAGUGACUGAAAAUUCUACUUCAGUUGCAACCUGUGAAGAUCUUAUUCAUCUUAGUAAGUCAGUUGGAUUCAUGGCAUGGGACAGUAAUGGAAACACAGGGAAUGCUACUUGCUUUGUCUUCAAUCAUGGUUAUAUUUUCACCUGUUGACAUGUAAUACAUCUUAUGGUGGGAAAAGGCACAGAUCCAAGUUUGUGGCCAGAUAUAAUAAGCAAAUGUGCAAAGGUAACUUUCACUUAUAAAAGGUUCUGCCCUACCAAUGUUGAUUGGUAUGACAUUGAGCCAUGGUUUGGAGUGUCUGAUGGACCUCUAGAUUAUGCCAUUCUAAAGCUAAGAAAUAAUGGAAAUGGAUUCCCUCCAGGCCUGUUUGAACGAAUUUCCUCUCAAACACCUAGUGAUUUGGUUUAUUUAAUUGGUCACCCAGAAGGCCAGGUCAAGAAGAUAGAUGGCUGUGCUGUGAUUCCUCUAAACCGGCGGUUAGAGAGGUACCUAGAACACCAAGAUGGGAUGGUAGAACCCCAUGCUGCCCCUUAUAAUGUUUUCUGCAUGUUCACCCAAAGAAGUUUCCUACCAGAAGUUUGGAGCACUGACACACUUAGCUAUGAUACCAGCUUUUCCAGUGGGUCCUCUGGCUCCCCAGUGUUUAAUACAUCUGGUGAAUUGGUUGCUAUUCAUACUGUUGGGCAUUUUUACAACCAUGGAGAUAAAACCCAAGCCCUUAUUGAAUAUGGCUAUUCUAUGUGUUCAGUUCUUUGUGACGUUAAACAUAAAAAUGAGAGCUUUUAUAGAUUCUUAAAUGAAGGGGAAAACGAGAACCAUAACGAAGACCAUAACAAACAAGAGUUGUCACUUCAAGAUCAUCAGAUUGAAUCCAUGGAACAUUAGAAAAAUGUUUUCUAGAAACAUUUUUUUCAAGAAAAUAUGCCAAUAAUUUAGAGUAUUUGGGGCUGUUUCAUUAAAGUAUAAUGAAUAUUCUUUUAAAUUAAAAAAGUUUUAGAGAUCAUGUGGAUGUGCAAAACACAUAUAAGAGUUUAAGUAAAUUCUGAUUUUUUUUUUUUUUUAAUUUGAAGCUAUCUCAAGCCUCUGUUAUAUACAUACAAAGAAUUUGGUAUUUACCAUCCUGAAUGCUUAGGAGGAUACAUCCAUCCCAUCUUCCUAACUGGUAAGGUAACCCCAUUCUCUGCAUCACAAAAUAAUGGGUAAAUAAACCUUUAGAGCAAAGGAAAAAAGAUUUAUUGUUCCUCUAAAACUCAAAAUUCUUUGGUAAUCUUAGUGUUUUUUCUCUUUUGUGUCACCUGUAACAUCAGCCCCUAUUGCAAAUGCCAACAGAAAAUCCUAGCUUUUCUGUUCUUUCCUCUAGUUCUGCCCUUCUGUGGAGGAUAGAAGCAUGACUUGCUAAGUCUCCACGCCCACCCUCUCUUAUCCAUAGUCUAGGAAGCUAAAAUAGAAAUAUUUCAGUCUAAGUUGCAAGUUAAGAUUCGGGUAUAAAAUAGAUGCACUCACCUGUUAUCUGGAAGAUAGAGAUAAGAUGGAAACUCUUUUUUUCUCCAUCUUCUGGCAGACUACGUCAUAGACAUAUUUACCCACUCCCCUAGAUAGUCCAGAAUUUCUGAUUGAUGUGCCUGUCUCCAUCACAUCAGGAUGCAGCUUUUUGUGGUCUAGAGAUGAAUCCUACCAUUCCCUUUCACCCUACUCACAUACCCAAUACAGCAUAGUAGAGUAUGGCCAGAAUCCAACCACUUAAAAUAAAAUUUCUACUCAGAAAAGUGAGUGGAAAAUACAACAGUGACUGUCCCAUGGCAGUGAUCAAAUUCUCUUGUAUCUAUGGUGCUUUAUUCCCCAGAUCCCCUAAAUGAAUGGGCCCUGAAUAUCAAUGUUUCUACGUGACCUGAACUCUAAGUCAUAAUUGAUAGAAUUUUUGAUAGGCACAGGGUUCAAACUAAAGUUCUCUCCCAUGAUCCAGACCUAGAAUAUACAAAUGCUAGUCAGUCUCGGACUGAGAACCUGUGAGUUCUGGAAGUAUGCGGUGACUUUGCUUAUAGAGAAACAUAAACCUGACACUCCUUUUUGGUAGGAUGGAUGAUGACCCCCAAUGCUAUCUAGGUCCUACUACCUAGAAGCUUUGAAAGUUAAAUUAUGUGGUAAAAGGGACUUUGCUGAUGUGAUUAAAUAAGAAUUUUGAGAUGGGAUGAAUACGCUGACUUAACCCAAGUGGGUUCUGAGUGUAAUCACAAGUGUCCAUGUGAGAGGGACAUGGAGAGAGAUUUGAGUACAGAAGAGGAGAAGGUUGUGUGGGAAAAGCACACAAAGGAAUGCCGGACCACAGCAUAAGUCAUAAAGGCAGCUUUUCCAAGCUAGAAAGGGCAGAAAAUGGAUUCUUUCCUCCAGACUCCAGAAGGAACUAUCUCCCGACCAAACUCCAGAAGAAACUGAUGCUGACACUUUGCUUUUCCUCUCCUAAGAUCCAUUUUGCCUUUCUGACCACCAGAUAUGUAAGAUAAUAA